UUACGGAGAGUCUCGUCUUCCCAGCGUGAUGAUGGCCAGUCAUCUGUAAUGAUGACACCUGCGAACAUCAAGCGUCUCGUCGAAAGGCUUUCCAAGAUGCGAGGUGCCGCCCUCAAGCUCGGGCAGUUCAUGAGCAUUCAGGAUACGCAUCUCCUUCCGAAGGACGUGGAAGAAGUCUUCCGGCGCGUUCAGGACAGCGCACACUACAUGCCUAACUGGCAGAUGGAGCGUGUCAUGUCUGAUGCGUUGGGACCUUCAUGGUCCUCCAAUUUCGCAUCCUUCGAUCCUAUCCCUUUUGCCGCAGCGUCACUUGGCCAAGUUCACUCCGCUGUCCUCGCAGCACACGCAUCGCCAACUUCAAAAGAUGAGAGGGUUGCUGUGAAGAUUCAGUUUCCCAACAUCGAGAAAAGUAUCGAGAGUGACUUGGGCUAUCUGAAAGUUCUAUUGAACGCCGGACGAAUCCUCCCAAGGGGUUUGUUUCUCGACAAGACCCUCCAGGUCAUGAAAGGAGAACUUGCGGAUGAAUGCAACUAUACUCGAGAAGCUGAAUGUAUACGUUUCUUUUGCUCGGAGAAUGCAGUAGGGAAUGAUUCCCGGUUCAGAGUGCCUUGGGUCUGGAAUGGAAGUACAGAACGUGUACUCGUGAUGCAACGUAUGGACGGAGUAAGCGUUGGCGGAAAUGUUGUUGACUCUCUUAGCCAGUACUCACGAGACCAGAUCGCAUCAACAAUUCUCGAACUCUGCAUGAAAGAACUCUUCGAGUUCCGCAUGAUGCAGACAGACCCGAACUGGUCGAACUUUUUGUGGAACGAGCAGACACGUCAGAUUGAACUAAUUGACUUUGGAGCAACCCGCUCAUACUCCAAACAAUUCAUCGACAAAUGGAUGCACGUCCUCCAAGCAGCAGUCAACGAGGAUCGUGAACGCUGUAUCCACUGGAGUCUCGAACUGGGGUACCUUACCGGAAAGGAGAGCGAAACCAUGCUUGACGCACACAUUCGCUCGCUCACACUUCUCGCAACUCCCUUCCGCGGCAACAAGUCACCUCCGCCUUCUUCUGGCACGGGACCCGCCGAUCCUCGGUAUGAAUUCGGUAGAGGGUCGGAGUGGACGAGGAUCACUGCUGAGAUACGAUCUUUGAUUCCUGUAAUGUUGAGGGAACGACUUACGCCGCCACCAAGGGAGACGUAUAGCUUAAACAGGAAACUCAGCGGAGCUUUCCUUCUUGCAUCACGACUCGGUGCCAAAGUGGACUGCAAAGGAAUUUGGGACGCCACAGUCAACAGGUAUCAGUUUGCGUCAUCACCAUCUUAA